CACCGCCACACAUCCAGAAGGGGGCGGUGAUGCGCCUAAAAGCUGUUUACCGACCGAAGAAGAAGAACAACAACCUCAUCGUGAAUCGACCAAUCACAUGACUCGUGGCGGGCAUUUGAAAACAAAUGGCGGAAAUUCGAUCUGUGUUGCAGCGCUGUGACCCGGUUCUGUUGGACCCGCGGAGCCGGGGAGACUCCGAGGAGCCGGACUCCGCUGAGGCGGCCAGCACGGUCCUGUACCUGACGGACAGUCGUCGUGUUCAGAAGGUUUUGUGGCGUCAGCUGUUCGUCCUGGACUCCAUGAUGUCUCUACUGGAGGGUCUGGACUCUGCCCAGCAACUGGUGACACGGCCUUGCCCCCCCCAGCACGGGGGCGGGGCUCGGGGCAGGUGGAAGGCUCUGAAGGUGGAGAGCAGGUUGCGGGUGGAGGAGACGGAGACUCUGCUCAGAUCUCUGCAGGACAGAGUCCAACAGAUCCAGAAGAGACGACACACACUCACACAGCUGGUCCAGCAGCUGCACAGCAAGAAGCAGCAGUGUGAACAGCUGGAGGAGUCUCUGCUGAAGGCCCACAAUGCAUUGCAGUCGUACGAUCGUCAUCUGAACCAGCUGAGGGCGGAGUCCGAGGCAGCGCUCAGUCAGCUGAUCAGCUGGCAGCAACUCAGAGACGAGCUGCAGGUGCACGUUUCUGUUGCACAGAACACCAUGCAGAUCAACCUGCUGUCCUUCAGCCAAUCAGAGCUGUGUGUGGAGCUGAGACCACGCCCCUCUUCUCACCUGUCGUCCAAUGAGCUGGAGCCGCUGAAGUUGUCAGUUAACUGGAGCCUUGACGACCGCUUCACACUGCAGGUGAGCGAGGGGACGGUCGGUCUGGAAGAGGACAGUCUGUUCGGCAGACGUUCGGAGCUGAGCGCCGCCCUGCUGGAGGUGAUGCAGUGUUACAUGGGUCAGGCUGAGCUGCUGUCUGAGGUCCAGGCUCUGAGGUCCAGUUUUGCGAUCGACUGGCGUCCGGCUCAGCGGCUGCUCGUCUACCUGAAGUCGGCGCUGCUCGUGUGUCACCUGGAGGUGGAGGACGGUUACCCGGGCAACGGUGGAGCCCGGCUGCUGUCGGUGCGUCGAGACGGUCAAACUGUGGACACGUCUGGACUGAAGCCACAUAAAUCUGUCUUCAGUCUGACUGACUGGUUGCUCCUCCUCUGUAGUUCUCCUCUCAUCUGAUGCUCGUGUGUGUAUUUUUGUUGUCAUGUUUAUUGUCAUUUCAUCGUAAAAAUAAAAUCUGUUUAGAUUUUGAAUCAGAUUGUGUCGAGUCACAUGAUCAGUGACUGAGUCUCUUCAGAAGACGAAAGAAACUGAAUCAGAGCAGCUGAUGUUAAUAUUUAUGCAUUAAAAAUAUCUUUAAAAAAUAAUAAAUUGACUUGUCUUCA